ACAGGCCCCGCGCGCCUCACCCGCCAGGUUUUGCUUGAGCCCGGGAGCGUCUGGGAUGGAGAACCCCGAGGAAACGGUGGGUGGCAAACAGCGCGUCCACUUGCGCCCUGGCUCGCUGCAUGACGCCGAGCCGGCUACGCUGCACCUCCUGCCCUGCGAGGUUCUGGUGAGCCGGCCCGCUCCGGUGGAAGGCUUCUUCACGCCCGCGGUGCGCCGCGGUGCAGACGGGCUGCAGGUGUCGUUUCGGGGUCGCAGCCUGCGGGGCGAGGAGGUAGCUGUGCCGCCUGGUUUUUCGGGAUUCGUGAUGGUGACGGAGGAGACGGGAGAGGGGCUGAUGGAGAAGCUGAACUUCUCGGGGGUCGCGGAAGACAAAACGGACGAGGCGCAGGAACCGCUGGAGCGCGAUUGCGACCGCUUUAUCAGAGCCACCGGCAGCUUUGGCCACUUCACCCUGUGGGGUCUUGAAACGGUGCCUGGCCCAGAUGCCAAAGUGCACAGGGCCCUAGGUUGGCCCAGCCUCGCUGCAGCGAUUCACGCACAGGUGCCUGAGGACUGAGAGCCAGAGCGUGAAAAUGAAAGUCACAGAUCCCUUCACACCAGUAAGCCAGCAAUAAAUUCACUUUGGAGCCACUGUUCCUAAACCCAAUAAAUGAGCUCUUCACAACACCUGUGAGUCUGUGGGCACCUUAGCACCCUGAACCCCGCAUGGCAAGAACUUUUGAUACCUCUGCCUAUAUAAACAAUUUAUUGCUAGGGGCCAGAGGGGCCGGAAUUUUACAACCAGCACCCCCCCCCCCCAGCUCCUCCUUUACAAAAGAAUGUUUACAAUCGCCAGUCCUUUGUACAGAGUGCUCCCACCCACCUCAAUGUACACAGCUGCCUGGAUCCCGCUGGUCCCUGUGUUCAGAACAGACCUGGGCCCAGAAGCCAGCUUUCCUUGGAGUUGGCCUAGCCCUGAGCUUGCCUUGGUACUGGCCACUAGUUGGCCCCUCCUAGGCCUCUCCUUUUGGAGCUGUCCUCAGCCCCGUCUCCCUUGGUGUGCCUCUUGGAAGGGAUAGGGCAGCCUGUCAGCCCCGUUUCUGCCAGUCUUGGUGCUGCGAUGGGCAGUGCCCGGUCACCACUUUCCUCGCUUGCUCCAGUCUUUGGGAGUGAAGUGCAGACACUUGGAGUCAAUUCGAAGGAGCCGCUUGAGCAUAGCCCGCUCAUGCCCAUCCACGAUAUCCUCUGACAGAGUGAGGAUAUACUGGCCCUAGGCAAGAGAUAGGCCCAGCAUGUGGUCAGCUCACAGGGUCUGCCACCUGUACCCCAUUCACCUAUCCCCUUAGUGUGCCUCCUAACCUUGUAGUAAUUGAUGAGAUUGAGAUACUGCAGCGUGGAGAUGACAUCUUCUUUCUUGAUACUGGUGAUUUCACUGAUCUCACUGCGGGAGGGCAAAAGUUAGGUCCCCUGAGGGUAUUCAUCUGUCCCCAGGAGCCCCAGGAACAGACAGGCCAUACCAUGCACCCCCAGCUGGGCAUUCAGGCUCACUUGAUGGUAAUCUGUGGCCUCUCCCCGCUCUCUGACUUCAGUCCCAUCAGGAUCUCCAAGAUGGUUUGGGACCAAUAACUUCGAUAGGAUAGGAGGCCAAGAUCUGACAGGGGCUUCUCAGGAGUCCCUGUCUUCCCUUCUACUUUGGAGAGUUCAUAGCCUAAAGCAAUGGAGCACAAGAGGCUGAAUGAGCAUCACAGGUAUACGCAGCAAUAAGUAAGAGAGGAUACUGGUAGAGCUGGGCUGUGGUACCCUUGGUAGUGGAUGAGUGCUUUCCCUGUCUGCUGAGAUAGUAGGAGCUGAAGGCACCCAGAAAAGCAGCCAUAACAGGGUAUUUGCCAGCCAUUGCCAGCUGAUGAGGUGAAAGUGCUAGAUUUCCCUUUGCAAUCCCAGCCUGUGUCUGGGGGCAUUGGGAGGGUAGUAAGGGAGGCCUUUAUGAUCUGAGGAUACUGGAGGACACUUUUCAGUGUCGUUGAUUUCCCUAGCUAUGAUCCUGGGAGUGUCAGCUGCUCCUGCCACCAGGAUGGGCCGGGUGGUUGAGGAUGUAACAGAAAAGUACAGUGGUGCUUCCUCAGAGCCAGGUAACUGACCUCUGUAAUGGCCCUUUCGAUCUUCCUUGUGUUGACCACUAGGCACUGCCGGACAGUUCAUGGUGAGACCUUUAGGUCCUGCAGAGCUGACAGCUCUUUAUUCUCUCACCAGGGCCCUGAGGGAUGUCCCAGUUAGUUUGGAGAAACCCUUCCUUACCUUCAGCUAUACUGGCCUCAUAAUGGUCCCUGACACUUUCUGCUCCUGGCUGUAUCUCUGUUGGCUAGUCUUACCCUCCUUGCUCAAUCUCUCCUGGACAGGAUGGGCCAGAGAGGCUGGUGUCUGGAGAGAAAGCCAGAAGGCAAAGAGAGCAUAGGGUUUCCUACUCAACUGUUGGUUCCAUGUGUGUAUAGUCCCAUGAACCCACUGGAUGCCAUACUUGCCUCUAUAGUUCUGAGCUCCUGACCCUGUCCAGUGGUUGCCUUCUGCCCUUUUAUCUGGCUCAUGGCACUUCUGUGGUAUGUCCCCUGAAUUUCCUUUCACCUGCUCUUCUGGGCUGAGUUUCCAGAGAAUGUGAUUCCCAACUUGGAACCACUCAACUAAUAAAAUAUUCCAAACAGA